AUGCCACGUGGCAGAGCAACACUGCCAAUAGGAUUCUCAUCGCUGGAGGAGAAUGGAUUCCCGAUCGAUAAUCGACGUUGGGGAAGAAGUGAAUCAACGGAGGGACACUUUACGAUUGAAGAAAGGAGCCCCGAGAAUCUUCUCGCUCUUGGUGACACAUCAAUCGGUUGGACACACGUGUGCGUGUCUCAACUGAUUCUUCGAAAGUAUGGACCAGAAGUGCUCGAAGAGAUUCUCCGGAAGGCCGGCUACACAGAAGACGUUCAAUUUGAUAUCCAAUGUUAUUAUGAUGACACAGAGACCAUGCGGAUUUUCAGAGUGGCCGCUUCGGUUUUGGGACUCUCCGUGGAUGAUAUGUGGGAGAUGUAUGGAGAAUUUCUGAUUACUCAUGCGUGUGAAACCGGAUGGCAGAAGAUGCUCUUCUGUAUGGCUAAUAAUCUUCAGGAGUUCCUCGACAACUUGAACAGUAUGCACUACUUCAUCGACCAAAUCGCAUUCAAAUCCGAAAUGAAGGGUCCAACGUUUCAGUGUGAACCAUUCGGAGAGUCCGGUCUCAAAUUGCAUUAUUUCUCGUUCCGACAAGGACUAUUCCCAAUUGUGAAGGGGUUGGUCAGGAAGACUGCCAGGACUCUUUUCGAAAUGGAAGUCAAGGUUAGUAUGCUGGAGCGUAACCAGGAAAGACGUAAAUCCGGAAUGGUGGAACACGUGAUAUUCUCGGUGGAGCCUGAUGACAACCAUCGGAAAGGAAAACGCUUGUUCUAUAAGUUCCGGAAUAAUAAAGCUCAAGAGUCUACGCCAAUUUUUAGUAUUUCCUCGCAAAUGCUCGUCGGUCUCCGCGACUUCAAGAACAUCUUCCCGUAUCAUGUGUGCUUUAACAAGCAAAUGGUCAUUGAGCAUAUCGGCAUCUAUCUCCUUCGUGAAUACGGACUUGAAAACAAGAAGACGCUGAAAGUGAGUGACUUGAUGCAACUCGUCCAACCAUCCGACAUUCAACUAACCUAUAAAAAUGUGUUGAGUUACCUGAAUACUCUUUUUAUAUUCCAACUAAAACAUCACUCGAAACGGAAUGAAGUGCAAGAAGGCUCUUCUGAGGCAUUCCAACAGCCACUGGUUCUCAAGGGAGAGAUGAUGCCGUUGAAUGACGGGAAUUCCAUCAUUUUCAUUUGUAGCCCGCAUGUUACUACGGUCCGCGACAUCCUGAACCUCAAGUUAUACAUUUCCGAUAUGCCUAUGCACGACGCCACCAGAGAUCUAGUCAUGUUGAAUCACAAAAAACUGGAAGAAACGAUGAAAAAAAUGAAGAAGAUGACGGAGGAGUUGGAGGUCAAAAAGACGCAGACCGAUCGAUUGUUGUUCGAGUUUGUGCCGCCUGUUAUUGCAGAGGCAUUGAGAGCGUCGAAACCGGUGCCAGCGCAAGAAUUCUCGGAUUGCUCAGUAAUCUUCACCGACAUUCCCGACUUCUUCACAAUCAGUGUGAACUGUUCCCCUCAAGAGAUCAUCUCUCUCGUCACCGAUCUCUUCCACCGUUUCGAUCGGAUCAUCGAGAAACACAAAGGGUACAAAGUUUUGUCUCUAAUGGACAGUUAUCUGAUAGUGGGCGGUGUCCCAAAUGCCAAUCAAUAUCACUGUGAAGACAGUCUGAAUCUUGCAUUGGGUCUGUUAUUUGAGGCGAGACAGGUGGAAGUUCCGAAGUUGGGACAGUAUGUACGGUUGAGGAUUGGUGUGCAUUGUGGACCGGUGGUGGCUGGAAUUGUUAGUCAACAGAAACCAAGAUUCUGCGUUCUUGGAAACACGGUGAACAUCACCAAAACUAUAUGCUCUCAUAGUCUACCCGGAAAGGCUCUAGUCAGCAACUCGGUUAGAACAAUGGUCACCAAGCACCUCAAAAGUAUUUUCGUCUUCAAUGCGAAUGGUUAUCUGGAACUCCCGAAUGCAAAAAUAAUGACACAUUUCCUGGAAAAGAACGAGAAAUGCAGUGUUUGGGAUAUUGUGGAGAGGGAGAAAGCCACCAACGACAGUAUCGACGGCUACCGUGAGCUCCACUCGGACAACGGAGCGGUUCAAUGGCAGGAGGCCACCGCAGCGGCGUUCAAAAUCAUUUCGGUAGUAGACGCCCUUGAGAACAAGCAGAGUCGCACGAAGAAGGCGUUGACCCGGUUGAGAUCUGUCAAACGGAAAUUCCAAACGAUUCAGAGCAAUGAUAGUGGAGUUUCUGUUAGCGAGCCGAAUGUCGAGAGCACUGUGUGCUCAAUUAUGUGA